AGGAAAAUACGCAUUUGACCUUGUAAAACCCGUCCGCUUGACCACCAUUGAUUUGAAGCAGUAGAUUCGUCUUCGUCUCCUUUGAAUAAUCCUCCAUUCAAAUCUCUGCAUCUCAUAUACUCCCCAAACCAUUAACCCAAACUCCAUGUCAAUAAUCCCUCGAAGCAAACAUCGCUUCUCCAGCUCAUCCCUCACACUUUUCUUUUCCUCUGUCAUAUCAAUCAGCCAAGCCUUUUUCUUUCUGGGCUUUAUUCGUUUUCUAACCCUUUUUCUCGACCUCAUCUUUGUCAUAAUAAUCUCUUGUUAAAGUUUUUUUCUGCGAAGAUUUCUGGGUUUUGUGUUGGUCCCCCGGGGGUUAAUCCAUGGCGGACUUGGUGAAGCAAAUAUUGACAAAGCCUAUUCAACUAGCUGACCAAGUAAUCAAAGCUGCUGAUGAAGCCAGCGCUUUCAAACUGGAAUGUGCUGAACUCAAAUCCAAGACUGAAAAGCUUGCUGCUUUACUCCGGCAAGCUGCUCGAGCUAGCUCCGACCUGUACGAGCGGCCUACGCGCCGGAUCCUUGACGACACAGAACAAGUCCUUGACAAGGCUCUGGCCCUGGUACAGAAAUGCCGAGCUAACGGCAUCAUGAAACGCGUUUUCACCAUAAUUCCGACAACUUCGUUUCGUAAAAUGUUGUCUCAGUUGGAAAAUUCGAUCGGUGACGUGUCUUGGCUUUUGCGUGUAUCGGCGUCGGCUGAUGAUCGUGACGACGAGUAUUUGGGAUUGCCUCCGAUUGCUGCUAACGAGCCAAUUCUUUGUCUUAUAUGGGAACAGAUUGCGAUUCUCACUACUGGCUCAGUGGAUGAUAGAUCUGAUGCUGCUGCUUCGUUGGUUUCGCUGGCGAGAGACAACGAUCGGUACGGGAAGCUGAUUAUUGAAGAAGGAGGGAUUCCGCCUCUGCUGAAAUUGGUCAAAGAAGGGAAAAUGGAAGGCCAAGAGAACGCAGCAAGAGCAAUUGGUCUACUGGGUCGUGACCCGGAAAGUAUCGAAUAUAUGAUCCACGCAGGUGUUUGUACCGUGUUUGCGAAAAUACUCAAAGAAGGUCCUAUGAGAGUUCAGGCUGUAGUAGCUUGGGCUGUUUCUGAGCUCGCGGCGAAUUAUCCCAAAUGCCAAGAUCUUUUUGCCCAGCAUAACAUAAUUCGGUUGCUAGUUGGUCAUCUUGCAUUUGAGACGGUUCAAGAGCAUAGUAAGUAUGCCAUUACUAGCCACAAAGCCACUUCGAUCCAUGCGGUUGUUAUGGCCAGUAAUAGUUCGCCAACUGCUCAAAAUGUGAAAAAUCCUAUAGCAGCUGAUGAUGAUUCAUGUCGAAUUCCUCGUCCUACGGGUAAUCAGACUCCAAAUCAGUUGCACAAUGUGGUCACCAAUACUAUGGCUCUGAAUACAGCCUCCAAGCCGCCGCAGCAACGAACUGGUUAUAAUGGUAAUGGGGCCAGUAACAAUGGAAACAAUAGCAUGAAGCAAAAUCAUCAACAGAGUCAUUCGCUUUCUGGGGUUAACAUUAAGGGCAGGGAACUUCAAGACUCUGCCACUAAGGCUAACAUGAAAGCAAUGGCAGCUAGAGCACUUUGGCACCUUGCCAAGAGAAAUUCUCCCAUUUGCCGCAACAUAACUGAAUCAAGAGCACUCUUGUGCUUUGCAGUUCUAUUGGAGAAGGGACCUGAAGAUGUUCAAUUCAAUUCCGCCAUGGCAUUGAUGGAGAUCACUGCAGUAGCAGAGAAAGAUGCUGAUUUAAGAAGAUCAGCAUUCAAGCCUAAUUCGCCUGCGUGCAAAGCUAUUAUUGAUCAGUUGCUGAAUAUCAUCGAAAGAGCUGAUCCUAACCUCCUUAUACCAUGCAUCAAGACUAUAGGGAACCUGGCCAGGACAUUUCGAGCAACAGAGACCAGAAUGAUUGCCCCAUUGGUUAAACUUCUGGAUGAGGGAGAAGAUGAGGUGCAUAGGGAAGCUUCAAUUGCUCUCACAAAGUUUGCCUGCACAGAAAACUAUCUCCACCUUGAUCAUUCCAAGGCAAUCAUACAAGCUGGAGGGGAAAUGCACCUAAUCCAGCUUGUCUAUUUUGGCGAGCAAAUAGUUCAACUGUCAGCAUUAUAUCUCCUAUGCUACAUAGCUAUGCAUGUCCCAGACAGCGAGGAGCUCGCACAGGCUAAGGUGCUUACAUUGCUAGAAUGGGCAUCCAAACAAUCGUUUGUGGCUCAAGAUGAAACACUUGAAGCAUUGCUAGAAGACGCCAAAAGCAAAUUGGAGCUUUAUCAAUCCAGAGGUUCAAGGGGAUUCCAUUGAUUUGUAGCAACACAUAUGGUCUUUUGUUAUGUUCACUGCAUAUAAUUUUCUUGUUUAUUGCUUUCAGCUUUGUCAUUCCAAUUGAAUGUACAUACAAUUAGUUUUCUUCUUUCCAUAUAAUAUAUUUCAAAGCAUUCGAGUC